AUGACAGUUAUCAACUCCAAUUCAUUUUCACCAGCUAAUCCAGGCGUUAAUGCUCCGUUUGCUAUGGGCUUUUUUUCUUAUCUUGCUUUGACUUUGGUGUUUGGAAGUGUCAUAAUCUACCGCCGGCAGAAGCUAGUGGUAAGCUCCAGUUCAUCAUCUCACGUAAUGAAGUGUUUAAUUAAGCUCAUUUUCUUUGUGGUUGUGAUGAAUGUUCUUUCUGGUUUGUAG